AGAAAUAUGCAAGGCGAACUCAAGACAAGGAAAGCUUUGAUCUGAAUUUCAUUCCUGUGAGAGAGAAAAGAGUGACGAAAAAAUGGCCAUUGUAGAGUUCGUUGUCACGUUCCUUCUCCAAAAACUCAGUGACCAGCUCAUUCAAGAAGUCAUUUUCAUACAUGGGGUUCGCGAUCAAGUUGAAUGGCUCCAGGCAGAAUUUAGGCGGAUGCAAUGCUUCUUGAAGGACGCAGCCGUCAAACAAGAAACAGAUGAAAGAGUGAAGAAUUGGGUCCGGGACGUGAGAGAUGUUGCAUAUGAUGCUGAAGAUAUCAUCGACAACUUCAUUUUCAAGAUAGAGACCUUGAGGCCGAGAGGAUUUGUCGGCCACAUUAGCAGGUACGCUUUCUUCUGCAAUGAAUGGAUAGUUCUCUACAAGGUGGGGUCGGAUAUUGAAUCGAUAAAAAAUAAAAUCCGUUCUAUCUCCGAAAGUAGGUCAACUUAUGGAAUUGAAAAUAUAGGCCAGGGAGCAGGAACAAGCUCCGCCGGUCCCAGCCUCCAAGAAUGGAGGCUCACCUCUCCUCUUUCUCAAGAACCAGAUUUUGUUGGUUUUGAGAAAGAUUUGGAGAUAUUGGUGGACAGAUUGACAGAAGGCGAGCUGCGUCGUUGUGUUGUUUCUGUAGUUGGAAUGGGUGGUCUCGGUAAAACGACGCUUGCCAAGAAAGUUUAUAACGGUGCCUGUGUCGAGAAACAUUUUCACUCUCGUGCAUGGAUUUCUAUAUCCCAAGAGUAUGGUUUGAGAGAUCUUCUUCAGAACAUCAUAAAUUGUUAUACGGUGUUCUCAGAAGAGGAGCUCAAGAAAAUGAAUGUCUUUCAGUUGAGGCAUAAAAUUUCAGAGUAUUUGCAAAAUAAGAGAUACCUGAUGGUAUUAGAUGAUAUAUGGACAAACCAAGCGUGGGAUGAUCUUAAGGAUGCUUUCCCUGAUAUGAAUAAUGGAAGUAGGAUCAUGCUCACCACCCGUAAAAAAGACGUAGCUUUACAUGCAGAUGUGCGAAGUGUACCGUAUGAAUUACGCUUUUUGGAAGCAGGUGAGAGCUGGGAAUUGUUCUGUAGGAAAACAUUUUCAAGACAAGAUAUUGUCUGUCGUCGUGAUUUGGAGGAGUUGGGAAGAGAGAUUGUGAAAAAAUGUCAUGGUCUACCUCUUGCCAUCGUAGUCAUUGGAGGGCUCUUAUCAAGAAAAGAACCAUGGGAAUGGGAGCACGUGCUCAAGAGCAUUAGCUGGCAAUUUAUUCAUGGGGAAGUCGAAAUCUUCAAGAUAUUAUCUUUCAGCUAUAAAGAUCUGCCUUAUCACUUGAAACCAUGUUUUCUCUACUCAGGCAUUUUUCCAGAAGACUAUGAAUUCAGUGCUAAGAAACUGAUUCGAUUGUGGGCGGCGGAAGGGUUCCUACAACAGAGAGGGGAUGAAACAGUAGAGGAGGUAGGAGAAGAUUGUCUAAAAGAGUUGAUUCAACGAAGUAUGAUUCAACUUGCUAAGAGAAGUUCAAGUGGGGGUAUUAAAAGCUGCUGUAUUCAUGAUCUUUUGCGGGAUCUUUCGAUAUCAGAAGCAAAGCAAGAUAUGUUUCUUCAAGUUCAUGGUGAGAAUGUGAAUGCUCUAUCCACAUCUACAGCCCGUCGACUUGCAACUCACCAUAAUGCCUUAAGUGAGUACACUUCCUUGAAAUCAUCCACUCCACGCCUUCGAUCUGUGUUGAUCCACACCCAAAUCGAUGAAAGGCUCGAAAGGAAACAAGAGAAGUUUCUUUACAAAGGCUUUAAAUUGCUGAGGGUGUUAGAUCUUCACAAUGUAGCAAUCAAAAAGCUACCGAGUGAGAUAGGUGCAUUGAUCCACUUGAGGUACCUUGGGUUUACCAGCACUUGGUUAGAAAGGCUCCCAUCAUCGAUAGGAAAUCUUCGCAAUUUACAAGCACUGAUUCUAACAUCUUUUCAUAAUAUCAAAGUACCCAGCACAAUAGAGAAAAUGCAACAGUUAAGACAUUUCCAUGUGAAGAGCGCAGGUGAUGAGGCUUUUAAUGUAAGUUGGGGUGUGAUAGAAGGGUAUCCGCGACUCGAUCAGAUUAGCAACCUUCACACUCUAACGAAUGUGAAGGCUGGAAAAUGGAUGGGCGAUUGCUUGGAAAAGCUUGCAAAUCUCAGAAAAUUAGGAAUACGUUUAGAUUUGGAAGGAGAGUAUGUUAGAGUAUUUUUUGAAUCCGUUGUGAAAUUGAAGUUCCUGCAGUCCUUAUUUGUGACAGGAUCGAAAUUCCCAUCGUUGGUGCCUUUCCAAAGUCUUCUCAAGUUAAUUAAAUUGCGGCUGCAUGGAGAAUUAGAGAAGCUUCCUGAAUAUUCUGAAUUCCCAGAAAACCUCACCAAGCUCACCAUGAGAGACUCCCAUUUAAAGCAAGACCCACUGGUGACGUUGGAGAAGCUGGAAAACCUUCGCAUUCUCAAAUUGCUGGAAUAUUCGUAUGUCGGAAUGGAAAUGGCUUGUGCUACACAAGGAUUUCCUCGACUUGAAUACUUACAUCUUGAACGGUUAUAUCAAUUGAAGGAGUGGAGAGUGGAGGAAGGAUCGAUGCCAAGUCUUUUACAUUUACGGAUCGAUUGCUGCCAGGAAUUGAAGAUGCUUCCGGAAGGACUGCAAUAUGUGACCACCCUCAAGAAAUUGGAGUUGUGGGACAUGCCCAAUGACUUCAUUGAACGGCUUCGUGGAGAAGACGGAGGAGAGGAUUCUUAUAAGAUUCAGCACAUACCCUCCAUCGACAUAUGCUCGAGGGCAACAUUCUAAGCACUUGAAUUUUCUCUCGUGAGCUACAUUGAAAUUUGCACACUAAUCGUUUGAAGAAAUGCUUCAAUCAAGGCCCUUUUAGGAAUAAACCGUGCUAGAGGUCCUCCUCCAGUUUAACACGCAUAUGUCAUCAUAUGGUAGGAAGAAAUCACUGUAUCAGUCAUCUAGUUUACCUGACUCUUCUUUGGUGGACAUUUGUAUAAAUUCACAUUGAUUUGACAACUUUAUUUGUUAGAUCGAUGACUAUUCCUUGUUUAAUGUGGACUGUGGGCCAUUUUUUGUUUGAAGGCCAUUGAUCAUAUGAUCAGCAUCAUGUUUUCAGUUUGACUUUCAAACAGCGCUGUUCGUUCACAAUAAGCUUGCUAAGACGAUUAUUUGGAUGAAUCAAAUGUCUGAGGAUGAAUUAGCAAACUGUCAUCCAUGAAUAAGCCAAGCAAAGAACCUCAAUGACUCCACUAGCAGAAAAUGUUCUUUUCUAGAAUGGUGCAUGAGGAUGCAUCAGCAAGUGGAUUUUUUUCUAGGGGCUUUUGCAAAUACCUACCAUAGAUUGCCUCUUCACAUGAAUGGCCUCAAUAUUUCU